CGCACCACCGACGAACCCUCCGGUUUCUGCGUGCGGUGCCACGUUAGUAGCGGUAGACACAAAUAUCACCAGCUACUCUCCCGACCGUGAGAGACAUCGCAGACGACACACCGUCGAACUGAGACCCGUUUCUUGCACGAAAACCACCCGCGCACGCAGCCCCCUCCUCUUCUCGCCCCGGUGUCAGGAAGAAGAAGAUAAAGAAGACAAACUCUCCACAGCCACCAUGUUGAAGUUUCUGCUCGUCUGUACUCUGGCUGUGGCCAGCAGCAGCGCUGAGAUCGCCGAGGAAGAAGAUGUCCUGGUGCUGAAGUCGGAGAACUUCGACGAGGCUAUCGGGGCUCACAAACACCUCCUGGUUGAAUUCUAUGCCCCAUGGUGCGGCCACUGCAAGGCCCUGGCCCCAGAGUAUGCCAAGGCAGCCGGCAUGCUGAAGUCCGAUGGCUCGCUGAUUCGCCUGGCUAAAGUGGACGCCACAGAAGAGGGCAAACUCGCAGAAAAGUUUGGUGUGCAGGGAUACCCCACCAUCAAGUUCUUCAAGGAUGGAAAGCCCAAAGAUUAUGCCGGUGGCAGGACGGCCUCAGAGAUCGUCAGCUGGCUGAAGAAACGCACCGGCCCACCCUUCACCACCUUGUCUGAUGUCGCUGAGGCCGAGGCUCUGCUCGAAAAAGAAGUGGUCGUCAUCGGGUUCUUCAAGGACCCCUCUUCUGACGAUGCCAAGACGUUCGUAGAAGUAGCCGAUUCCACCGACGACAUCAUCUUUGGCAUGACCUCCGACGACGCCGUCUUCUCAAAGUACGAGGUGUCCGCGGACAGCGUUGUCCUCUUCAAGAAGUUCGAUGAGGGGCGCAACACCUUUGAUGGAAAGCUGACCACAGAAAACCUCAAGGCUUUUGUCAAAGCCAACCAACUUCCUCUGGUCACCGAGUUCACAGAUCAGACCGCCCCCAAAAUCUUUGGAGGAGACAUCAAGUCCCACAUCCUCAUGUUUCUGCCCAAGUCUGGGGAAGACUUCGACGAGAAAAUUGACGAGUUUAAGAAAGCCGCAGCAGGGUUCAAAGGCAAGAUCCUGUUCAUCUUCAUCAACAGCGACGUGGAAGACAACCAGCGCAUCCUGGAGUUCUUUGGCCUGAAGAAGGACGACUGCCCAGCCAUCCGCCUCAUCACCCUCGAGGACGAGAUGACCAAGUACAAGCCAGAGAGCGAAGUCAUCACAGCAGAGAGCAUCACUGAUUUCUGCACUCGCUUUGUUGAUGGCAAGGUCAAGCCUCACCUCAUGAGCGAGGAUAUCCCCGAAGACUGGGACAAAAACCCAGUUAAAGUGUUGGUGAGCAAGAACUUUGAAGAGGUCGCUUUCAAUCCCACCAAGAAUGUCUUUGUGGAAUUCUAUGCACCUUGGUGUGGACACUGCAAACAGCUGACUCCCAUCUGGGACAAGCUGGGAGAGAAGUACAAGGACCAUGAGAGCAUCAUUGUGGCAAAGAUGGACUCCACAGCCAAUGAGCUCGAAGCAGUCAAAGUCCAGAGCUUUCCUACUCUCAAAUUCUUCCCCGCGGGACCUGAACGCAAGGUUGUUGACUACAACGGCGAGAGAAUGCUCGACGACUUCGUCAGAUUUCUGGAGAGUGGUGGCAAGGACGGCGGCGCUCCUCCAGCAGACGAGGACGAAGAUCUGGAUCCAGAGGACUUUGAUCUAGAUGGACAGGACGAGGAGUCCGAUGGCGAGGACGGAGGCGACGACGACGGACACGAUGAGUUGUAGGAGCUGCCAGAGGAGAGAGGGAGAGAGGAGUCGAGUCCCGCCCCCCAACCCUUCAAACUAGUCACCAUCACUACCUUCACUUCCUUGUGGACCUUCCCUGUCCUGUGAACAUUAAUACUUCCCCUUUAACUGCCUCUCAGUCACUCAGAGAGGACUCUGUGGAACAGCACACCACCACCACCUUUAUGAGAGACUCCAAAGCCUUCUCUAUGAAGUCGGCUGUUUGCCUUCAAUGUUUAGAAAAAAAGAAGAAAAAAACAGGCAAUGAAAGAGUUUUCAAAACGUUUUCCUUGAUAAAUUUUCUCCCCUUUCCUAAAAACAACAAAAAUCAUGUCACCAUUGUUCAGUGUGGGUCUGAGAUAAAAGUAGUCGUAUCUGUAGAUAAGUGUAUGCAUGUGGGGGGGGGGGGGGGCACAGUGUUUCUUUCCCUCUGAUAGGAAAACGGAGGACCAGAGUCUUGUGUGUGGUGGUUUUGGUAAGAACUGAACUCUCAGGGGACAAAAGAGGCUUUUUUGUGUGCGUUUUAUUUUGUUGCGUCGUCACUAAAAAAACCAGCCCAGAGUUUGUUCAGUGUGGAACACGAGGCCCCACGUUUGUCGCUGAGACCAAUAAUCUUCUUUCUUAUGGCAGGUGAAGGGGAAGUGUUUUUUUUUUUUUUUUUUUUUUUGUUUUAUUUCCCCUGAUUCCCAAAUCUACGUCCUGUUUUCGCGCUCUCUUCAUUUCCACUUGGCUACUGACUAUUUUGGGGGGGAAAUCCUUUUUUAUUUAAUUGCUUUCUCAAUGAGGUUUGUUUUUGUUUAUUUUUAAUUUAGGACUUGUCAUUUUUUUAUUGAUGUACCUUGUGUGGGGGGGGCCCUGUUGGGGCAGAGUUGGCCCUUGGACACUCCCUCAGACCUGGGGGGGGGGGUUGGUUUUUCAGACCAGCUCUGAGGUGGCACUGCAUUCAUGCCUAGUCAGAGAUUCAUCGUGGUUACUUAAGCAGAAAAGAGAUUGGUUCUGUGUCGGGUUGGUCUGAGACGCGUCUGUCGAUCGUGAGGCGGGGGAGGGAACAGUUGCACAGCCCCACCUCUCACCCAUACUUGCACCUCCACCAUCUCCCGUGGCUCCACCGAACACCCUCGAUGUCGCCGUGUGUGUCUGCGUGAGCGAAUGGUGCGAAACUGGGACGAGACGAAUGCGUGCGUGUGUGUGUGUGGGGGGGGCAUUGAGGAGCAGCUUGAGUGGAACAAGGUGAUGGGUUUGACAGCUGUACAGCUGUCGGGGAGGGGGGGGGCGUGAAAUUAAUGAAGCAUUCCAUCAUAUCCAAAUGUGGUAAACGUGAAAUGGUGGCCAAUAAACAAAACAUUAAAACAA